AUGGCGGCCAUUCAUCGUAAUCCUCCUUUCCGCGCCGAGCAUCUAGGUUCCUUGCUUCGCCCUGCGGAACUUCUCACAAAACACAGCGCUUUCGAGAAGAAUGAUUUGAGCCGAGAAGAACUUACUCGGAUCGAGAAUGAGUCUAUCAAUAAGGUCGUGGAGUUGCAAAAAGAGUGCGGGUUCAGAGCUAUCAGUGAUGGAGAAUAUCGACGUGCAGUAUUCUGGGGAACAUUCUUCGAAGAACUCGAUGGCAUGACCGAAAUUCGCAAUCCUUCUAUGGAUCUCUUUCGUCCCUAUGUUCCUGAUAUCGCUGGAUUCAUCGAAAAGGGCCACAAGCCAGGACAAUCUUGCCUCUGCACUGGCAAGAUAAAGCACACGGGAAAGUCGACACUCAUUGGUCAAUUCGAAUAUUUGAAGACUCUUGUGCCGGAAGAAAGAUGGGGGGACAUCAAGCUGACAAUGAUUGCCCCACCAUGGUAUCAUCUUAGAUAUCAGGACGGAAAAGCCUUCCCCAAAGAAGUGUAUGCAAACGAUGACGAAUACUUUUCAGAUAUCUCGAAAGCUAUUAGCGCAGAAUUGGAUAUCUUGUAUGAGGCCGGUCUCAGAAAUGUGCAGUUCGACGAUCCAAAUUUUGCUUACUUCUGCUCUGAAAAGAUGUUGAAGGGUUGGGAGGAAGACAAGUCUAAUACUAAAACUGCUGAAGAGUUGCUUGAUGCUUACAUUAAGUGCUAUAACGACAGCAUCGAGAAGCAUACUUCCAAGAUGCAUUUUGGUCUCCACAUUUGCAGGGGUAACUUCAUGGGGUCACGUCACUUCUCUGAAGGUGGAUAUGAUCGCAUUGCCACCAAGCUCUUCCGUAACCUUAACGUAGCAACCUAUUAUCUUGAAUAUGACACACCCCGGGCCGGUGGCUUUGAGCCAUUGCUUUACCUUCCAGCUCACAAGAACGUCAUUCUUGGUGUCAUCACUUCAAAAUUUCCAGAACUCGAGGACAAAGAUAAGAUGAAGGCAAGAGUUUUGGAAGCUGCCGAUGUUGUAGCAAAAGGAGCGGGUCAAACGAGGGAAGAGGCGUUGAAGAGACUGGGUGUAAGCCCUCAGUGUGGGUUUGCUAGUCAUGAAGAAGGUAAUUUGUUAGGAUGGGAAGACAUGAAGAACAAGUUGUUGUUGGUCAGGAGUAUUGCGGAUGAAAUCUGGCCUGGUGAGGCUUGA